AUGAAUAAAUUUAUAACUGUAAAAAAUGAGGUUAAAACAUAUGGAAGCGGAACAAAUUCUGUAACUGCAAAUAAAGAUAUAAAUUUUGAAAUAAAUCCAGGCGAGCUAACAAUUAUAUUAGGUGCGUCUGGAGCAGGCAAAUCAACUUUACUAAAUGUAUUGGGUGGUAUGGAUAGUAUUACCACGGGAUCUAUAAAUGUUAAUGGCGUUGAAUUAGGAAAUCUUGAUAGCAAAGGAUUAACAACAUAUAGAAGAAAACAAGUAGGAUUCGUUUUUCAAUUUUAUAACUUAAUUCAAAAUUUAACCACCGUAGAGAAUGUUGAAUUAGCAUCUGAAAUAGUAGAUAAUCCUAUGGAUGCUUUAGAAGCUUUAAAGUCUGUAGGGCUAGAGAGUAGAGCUAAUAAUUUUCCAGCUCAAUUAUCAGGAGGAGAACAACAAAGAGUAGCUAUCGCAAGAGCUUUAGCUAAAAUCCCGAUAUACUACUAG